CAUCCACAUCUAGACUGACAUCGGGAACUGUCAAAAGAGUAUACAUAGUUGUGUUUAUAAAAUCAGCUGUUCCGCAGGAACACAGUGAACAUGCCUUUCAUUUCCAAGGAUUGGCGCUCACCCGGAGAGGCCUGGGUGAAAACCGAUGAGGGCUGGGAAAAGAAGAAGGUCCUGGAAAAUUGCAAAACGAUCAAAGCAGAAAAUUCAAUCGAUAAGAGUGAAAUGGACAAAGACGAAGCAUUGCAACCUCAUUGUCAGAUAACGAUAAAAUGUACCAAAGAGAUAGCCGGUUUCAAUGAAUUAGAUGAAGUUGUCAAAAGGUUGGACUUUCGAAACGCUGUCAAGGACGUACGCAGGUUCAACUACAUUUGUGCUCUACUAGACCUGUUGAUCGGACAACAGAUGACAGCCCUCUCUGGAUGCGCCCAAAAGGCCCUCCUUGCCAUGUUGGAAGAAGUGGCUAGUCACGUAGCGAAAAGUCACCACAAUCCGAGAAGCUUCCGUAAAUUACUGUCGAAACUCAGAGCUCUCAGUUCGGCUGAGAAAUCUGCCUACUGGGGAGCACCACUUGGUUCUCAGUUAUUGUGGGACCAACAUAGCAUUAAAAUCAAUAAAAUCUUCAAGAUGGCGGCUCAGAUGCAGAUUUGCGAAAAGGAUUAUCAACCUCACCUAUUGCAGUUGCCGGAAGAGUGUAUACGGGAGAUAAUUUUGAGGUUAUCUGACCAUAGGGACUUACAAGCCAGUGCUCAGGCUUGUGACACGAUGGCUAAUAUUGUGGGCGAACAGAGAGUCUGGAGAGAAUUGACCAAAUUCCAUUUCACCAAUCAGCAGAUAGAAAUGGCUCUCAAUAAGAAUAAUUUUCACGGGGAUUGGAAAGCCAUAUUCAACUCCCUCAAAAGAACAUACGGCUUGACUGAAGAGCUGCAAUAUGCAGAGAUGCUUUCCUUGUGCAAAUACUGCAGAUGCCUGUUUUGGCGGUCCUUAGGUCAUCCAUGCAUAGCUGACCAGAGUCCCGAAUUCAGAGAAAGAUUACAAAAAGCAGGGGGACCAAUGCCUCCCAGUCCGGUUCCUCCUUCGGCAUUCCUAAAAUUCUUCUCCUUGUAAGGAUGCACCGAUCUAUUUUGAAGAGAAGUCGAUAUACAUACAUCACAUGUAUGAUGAGAUGAAGGUACUUCUAGGUUACUACAGACUACAGUUGUAGUAUCUCUCUUCCGAGAUACUACCGGAAAUGCUGUAGGGAAAACGAAACUUUUGCAUUUUCAGUAAAUUUGAAUAUUCUGUUGAAAACUUUAAUAAGUACCUAUGAAGUUCUAUAAUUACCUUUUUGAAAUAAUGAACAGAAUAAUCAUCUCACUGGAGAGGUACAUAUGAUUUUCACCAAUUACACUGUGCGGCAAGAUCAAAAUUGUCUAGGCGAUGUGUUGUUCUGUACAAAGAACCAGUAGAAAAGUGUCAGGUUGUCUUCAAAAAAUUUUUCAUUGUGCCUUCUAAUUAUAAAAUCUGCGAAUUUUCGUAACAGAACGGGUAGCUAGAAUCAUUUUUAUGGUUAUUACACGAUUACGAAUAUUUUUUGUGCGUUCCUGAUAAAUACAAGAAAGAAAACAGAAGACGACCAAACCUCUAACAUUUUUCAACUGUUUUUACGAAAAAUAAAACAACUAACUAAAAGCACAGUGAAAUUAUUAUAUGUUCAAUUUUGCAGUUUUAACAAAAUUAAUAUUUGAACAUGUUUAUGAUCCAUUCAUUAAACUAGAUAUACGACUGUUUGAACUGUUUCAUUAAAUAACGAAUGAAAUGAAACUUCAAACAAAGUAAACUUAUCUCAUAGAAUUUCCACAACUCACAUAUUCGUGAUUUAAGAAUUUAAUCAUUUUUUUCAUGAAAUUGUACAAACGGCUUAUUCAAGUUGAGUUGGGGAAUUUUUUCAUUAAUUUUUUUACACUAAAUGAAGAAAAAUAUAAUAUAAAUGAGAAAAAUAUCUUUCUAUAAUCGUUUCAAUUUAUUAAUUGUUCCUAAUCUAAUUUGAACUCAAACAUAUCAUAGUACCAUGCAGAAAAAAUCGACUAAAAUUUAAACUUUCAACUGUAUAAUUUUCUGUGAAUAUAUGAGUAUAGUUUGAUAAUCAUUUGGCUGUUUUGUAAAUUUAGAUAUUGUUUCUGCACUACCAUGAACGAUAUUAUCUAUUAUUGUGCUUGUGUGAAAUUGUGAUAUAAAAAUAACUACUUUCUUAAUAAUCGUGUAAAUAGAAUAGGCGGCUCUUAUGUAAAAUUUGAAAGGUGCAAAUGUAAUAAAACAUUUAUUUUUAUUUGAAUUAUAAUGAAAAGUAGUUGAAUAUAUUCUGGAAUCCUGGAAAUUAUUGAGAGAUAUACAUUUUGAAAUGGAGAUCAAUAUUUUUUCUCUAUUAAAAAAACUCUGCAAAUCUU